AUGGCGACAAAGCCUGAUAAUGAGACGGCCCAGCUACAGCUGUUCCAGAAAGGCGGUCCCUUGAGAAUUGUCAAGAUCCCGAUCCCAACGCUUUCCCCUGGCCAGGUUCUCGUCUGCCAGCAAGUCGUCGCCCUUAAUGGCUUGGACUGUAAACAGCGCGAUCUCGGGAUACUGAUCUCUAAAUGGCCCUAUAUCCUCGGUGUUGAGGGUGCAGGCAUUGUGGAGGCAGUUGGACCGCGCGUCAACCACCUCCAGCCUGGCGAUGAGGUCACAGCAUGGAUGGCUGGUCGAGAAAUUGGCGAGGACUGGGGAGGUGCCUAUCAGGAGCACGUCGUCAUGCCAGAGUGGGCUGUAGCCAGGAAGCCGAAGAACAUCAGCCUCGUGGAGGCUGCAUCCUUACCUGUGGUGUCAGACAUCAAGACUGCAUCGCCUGGCGGAAGAGGAGUGGAUAUGAUCAUCGACUGCGUCAGUGCUGGGGCGUCACAGACUGACAUAUGUGACGUUCUAGACCCGUCUGGCUCUAAGAAGUACGCAUCGCUCAUGACUGGGGUUGACGUACCAGUACCACAGGAUGUCACAAAGUUUGAUGUGAUCGGCAGCUCCCUGGUCAAGUUGCAGGACCGAGAGGCCAUCGUUCAAGCCCUUGCACGACUGGUGGAAGAAGACAAAUAUAAACUUCCGGUACCUGUACGAGUGGUAGGCCACGGGCUGGAGCAGUUGCCGAGCGUCAUGGAUGAAGUGAUGAGUGUGAGCUGCGAGAAACUGGUGGUUACUCUGUGA